GUCACCACCUGUGAUGUUUACCUGUGGAGUUGUGUGUUAACGUUUGCACCUGUCCCACAGCUAUAUUAUAGUGUCUGUGUUUAUCAUGUAGUCAUAGUUACUGAUGACAGUCGAGGAGUUGCAUGUUUGCCAGCAUAUGAUCAGGAUUGUCCGUGCUAGUCUUCCAGAACAAGUAAUGCCACGUUAUAAUGACCGGGAAAGUGCAGAAGUGUAUUGUUGACAUAGCUGUUCAUGCUGUAACCUGCCCAGGUGUGUGGCUCCCCAAAGCCGGAGAUGUCUACCUGCAUUUGCACCUGUGGGGCGACCACGCGCAGACGAAGUUCUUCCCGGCUGCUUUCCCACUGUUCUUUCACGAUAAACUCAGGUUUGAAAAGGUGUUCCAGACAUGUGUGGACCCUGCAGAUUUAGCGACGGAACUCGAAGACUGCUUGAUGGUGAUUGAGCUGAAGCAGGUGAGCGAGGAGGGGGAUCCGGGGGAGCCGACGGUGCUGGCGCGCUACGAGGAGUCGGCGCGAACCUUCCUCUUCCCGCCGCCGCGCCUUUCCUCACCGUAUCCCGACCAGGAUCGCGAGGUGCUGCUCAACCGGACCGGAGAGUUCCCGGGAAUAUCGCCAAAGUUGGAAUUCACGACCGACACGGCGUUGAGGCAGUACACGUGGCCGAACCAGCAGGACAAGAUGGGGGGCGAAGAUGAGGAUGACCUGAACAUGGCCGAGGGAACGACGAAGGCCAGGCCGCAGUCGGUGCCGCUCACCAAGCUGAGAAAGAACCACAAGGACAGUAUUAACUCGAAGAGACGGACGCCGGAGCGCGAGCGGGAACGCCACCUGGUGCGCACACGGAGUUUGAGUGAUGUCAGCUCGAGUCAGUACAGCCCUGCAAGCUUCCACGGCUCCUUCACCUGCCUCAACGGACGGCCGCCAUUUGUCGUCAGACAUGUGGCAGACCACAUGCCGUCGCCGUCGCCGUGGGCGCUUAACUUCGGCCGCAUGAUGACGAGGAACUCUGUGAAUCGCGCGCGCGUCAACCUGACGUCGGCGUCGUUUCCGAUUCGGCGAAAGGCGGCAGCAAUGGGACGUUGUGGCCACUGUAACUACCCACAGCACGAACAAAACUGCAACGUCUGCCGUCUGUACAGACGCUACUUUGGCCGUCAUUUCUUGGGAUACCAGAUUCCUCCCUCUCCGCAGCAGCAGGAGCAGAGCCUGCGGCGUCAGCAGGGCAAAGGUCACCGAAGAUCAGGUGUUAAGGUUAAGCGGGAAAAAUCACAGUCGACUGUACGAAGCUCUAUUUCAGCAUCUGGCAUCUCAGAUUUCGAUGACGAUGAUGGGGGAGCAGAAGAGGAGGAGGAAGAAGAGGAAGAGGAGGACGAACUGGAUCGUGAGGGGAAGCGCGUGGAGGAGCAGGAGAUCGAGGAAGAUGACGCAGAGCAUAUGAUCUCAAACAAGGUCAGACACGAAUCGAUAAGGAACAUGCCAAAUAUGGGAAACUCUAGAAAAAAUCUCACGCAAGAGUCCAGUGGGCUUGAUGAUGAGGAAGAUGAGGUCGACAGCGACCACGCGUCGGUGGACACGCUAGAAGAUCUCCGCGUGCGAAUGUCGGGAGUCAUGAGUCGCAAGGGCCGCGCCGGCAAGAAGAACGACAAACAGAGACUAACCAACAGUGCUAGAUGGCAGCACCUGUCAGACCUUGCGUCUGAGGCCAGCUCCAACAACAGCAGCGUUGGCAACGAGGUGAGCGACGCUGUCAGCGACGUUGUACGCAAUCGCCUAGAGGACACGUACAUGUACGGAAACUACUACCGACGCGCCCCCAGGGAUUACCACUAGACAGCGCUAACCGUCGCCCGAGUGCCUUUAUGUAGAUCGAUAAAGAGACACUACCCUUAUUUGGAUGUAAUUGGACGUUUACGGUGAUACUAGCAAUAGUGUUGUCUGUCAUUCAUCGAGGGUAGGACAUGAAGUGGUUAUUCCGCGCAUUUUCUUUAAUAUAUUCAUAGUAGGCAGAAUGGUGAUUGUUUUCGAUGUUUGGUUUUGGAAUCCCACUCAUUAUACCUUUAGGGGUACACAUGCGAGAAGCGUCUGUGAGCAUUGUUAGGUUAUCUUGUGCAGUGUGGCAGGUGACGUUGCAAUCCGCCGCCUUCCAUUCCCUUGCAUCAUUCACCACCAUUAGAAAUAACUCAGUUAUGGUACAUCGUGACCAAUGUACACCGUGAGGGGGCUCGCAUCACACUUUUUGAAUCAAUUUGAAGCUUUUGCGAAUCAUAUUUCAUAUGGAUUAGCAAACUGCGAAUCGGUUAUUUUGUUGCUGUAACUUGGAAUGAAUUGUAUUUUUCACUGACUUCACUUAAUUUUUAGCUCAUAUUGACAUCAUCAAGAUGAGCUAUUGCCAUGGGGUGUCGUCCGUCGUACGUUCGUCCG